AUGUCUCGCUCCACUGUCGCCGACUAUGUCGACACCUUCUUCACCCGCACUCUCUUCCAGGCGGACGAUGCGCUCGCCGCGUCGGUGCUCGCCACCGAACUUGCGCCAGACGCCAACAUUUGUAUCAACGGCGCUCUCCUAACGAGUUCCGAAUUCGUCACCGUGAUCACCACACAAUUUCGCACUGCCUUCCUUGCAUCUAUCGUCGAGAUCAAAGACCUGAACAUUGUGACGACAAACGACUCGGGCUCUACGGGGGUGGUUGGGCAAUGGACAGCCUACGUGACCAAGGGGAAGGCAGAUGGGAAGGAACUCAAGCAGAGCGCGACGACCAUCGUCAAAGUGGAAGAGAGGGAAGGAAAGAAUGUGGUGACUGGCCUCUGGGAGGCACAGACUGUGGAUGAGUCUUGA